AUGCCGCUGAAGCUACGGGGUCCGGCCGGGGCUGGCAAGAGGAUUUCUUUGUGCCGAAAGGGAGGAUCCUUUGCUCUCAAAGCUGUAGAGAGCGGAAUGGAAGAGAAAGAUAUUAGCACGAACGAAGUUCAGUUCAUAGACUCGUCAGAGCGAUGUCUUGUAGUUCUGCCCAUCGAGGAGGACGUGAAAAGCAGGAACAUCGAAUGCGAGAUCACGAAGAACAUCAUCUUCCUCUCUGUCAACGGGAAUCGCAUCCUGGACGGAGAGAUGUGGUCAAGUGUAAAACUGGACGACAGCUACUGGGAGAUCGACGAGUAUGGAGGAUACGAUCGCUGUAUCGUCAUCCGCCUGGUAAAGUCACAACCAGGAGCAUGGCCGCUCCUCCUGAAACAAGAUUACGAUCCCAACGCGGCCGACUGGGCGGACAGACAAGUCGUCAGCAGGAAGGAGGUGAGCAAAGAGGACGUGGAGAAAGCGCUCCAGCUGCUCGUGGCACUGAUGAAGCCCUCCUUGCUGGAAUUGCCUGCAGUUGCGGAAAAAGAGGAGGAGCGGGAGGGAACAGAGAACGAGGAGCUGGAUGAGCCGAAGGUGGCUUGGAAGAAUGCGGUGGAUGAAACGAUUGAGGAGGAGUGGGAAGACGCGGCGAGGUCGUACAGAGAGGCGCUGAGCAAUGGGGGAACUCCCGAGAAUAUCAUGGAGAUGUUGAAGUCAACACAGAUGAUGCUGACGGGGAUGAUGAUUAUGCUAUGGGGUGAUGAGGACAAGUGGGAGAUGGAGACAGAGAAUGAGGAGGACUGGGAGAAGUAG